AUGACUUUAUGCCUUCAUGCUGUACAUUGAUUUAAUAAAAUAAUAUACAAAUAUUUAUUAUUAUUAUUAUUAUUUCUUUCUAUGUCAUUGAAACGAUUCUAUUCAACUGUACCUUUAUCAUUUACAAAAUACAAUGCACCUAAAGAUAUGGGUAAACAUCCCUUGGUGAUUUGUCAUGGUUUGUUUGGCUCAAAGCAAAAUUGGAGAUCACUUGCUAAACAUCUUUGUCAAUCAUGUCAACGUGAUGUGUAUACAUUAGAUGCUCGUAAUCAUGGACAAAGUCCUCAUGUGCAUGAACACAAUUACCAUGCCAUGAGUCAAGAUGUGAUUCAAUUUGUAAAGCAACAAGGCAUUCAUCAUCCCAUCUUGAUGGGUCAUUCAAUGGGAGGCAAAGUCAUGAUGCAUGUCGCUCUUGAUCAACCUGAAUUACCCAGUAAGAUCGUCAUUGUCGAUAUUGCACCUGUCCAUCUACCUUUGACUCGCGAAUACCAUGAUCAUAUCCGAAUUAUGCGUGAUAUUCAGUCUAGAAGACUCACGAAACAAAAAGAAGCUGAUAAGAUACUUCAGACAGUCGAACCUGAUCUUGUUGUUCGACAGUUCUUAUUGACCAACUUGAAAAAGAACAAGGAAGAUGGUGUCUAUCAAUUUCGUAAUCCUCUAAGUAUUCUAGAAAAUGCUUUAAGCCGUUUGGGUGAAUUUAGACAGACAGGCACCUAUGAAGGCCCUACUCUUUUUAUCACAGGUGAUAAAAGUCCAUUUCGUAAACCAUUUAUUCGACAACCAGAGCUGGCAAAGCGUUAUUUUCCAAAUGCAGAGAUUGUCAAUGUGAAAGGAGCUGGUCAUUGGGUUCAAGCAGAAAAACCUCAAGAAUUCUUAUCCAUUGCAACCGAAUUUAUCAAUAAAGAAUAACCUUUCUUUUUUUUUUGUUAGUUUGCAACCGAAUUUAUUGAUCCAUAUUCUUUUCUUUCAUGAUUGUGAACUGGGAGGCAAAGGAACAAGAGCACCUGGUAUAGGCCUGUUAAGAGCUAUUUGUAUAGCUUGUUGAUUAAUAGGACAAUCUUUAUGCGCCAUA